GUUCCCUUUGUUUGCGGUCUGUUGAGCGUGCGUGCAACUGGUGUCUUUGAUAUUCAACUAUGAUUUGCACCAAGUGCGGAGAAGAGGUGCAGGACUCGGCUCUUUUAAAACAUCUCAAGGACUACCACGAGCAGGAGAAGGAUUUGCAGGUUAAGUGCCCAGGUUGUGAGCACAUUUAUUCUACCUUUGCUUCACUCCGUACACAUUGGUACUCAAAACAUCAUGCAUCGAAGAGGAAAUCAUCCGACCCUGCUGUCACCAGUGCUUCUGUGAUAAAAAAGUUAAUUGUAGAAGGUCCCAGCCGUGAGACUGUGUCUGUUGAAGUGGUUCAAGAUGUUGUACUUUGCGCAGAGACCAAGGAACAAAGUGUUGUGCUGCCUUCAGAAAGUGCCUCUGUUUGUGACCCCCAAAAUGAUGAGUCAGUUGCAAGAAUUGUUCCAGAAAGUGAAUCUCAAAUUAGUGUGCCAAUUUUUCCUGAAAGUGAAUCUCAAAUUAGUGUGCCAGCUGUGGACGUUCUUCAUGAUAGUGUUUCCCAAAAUGCUGACGUCGCUUUUGAUUCUCCUUGGGGCAGUGUUGAUGCACAAGGACAUGAAAGCACUGAGGAGGAAGAAAGCUCUGAUGAGGAGGAUUCAGGAUUAGGUGCUGACUCUUGUUUUGGAAACAACACUAGCGAUGGUGAAUUUUCAGGAUUGGAGAGUGACGCUGAUGAUGAAGCUGAAAAAGGAAUGCCGCUUGAAGAUGCAGUUAAGUGUGUUCUCCCUCAGGAAACGUCUCCCGUUAAUGAAAGUGCUGCCUCUUACCUCCUUCAUUUAAAUUCAGUGUGUAACAUUCCAUCAAGUUCCAUCAAGUUUGUUAUCGCAGAAACUGAAAAAAUUAUAAAGGAUUCUGUGAUGGCGUUUGUUUCCAAACUAGAUGAAAAGUUGGCGGGAAGUGAUGUGUCAUUAGAUAAAUUGGUAGAUGUCAAGGCAGUUGCUGACUCAUCAUCUAAAAUAUUUGACAAUCUCAGAACUGUGAAACAGCAGGAGAAGUAUUUUAAAAAAUCUCUUGGUGUCAUUGAGCCUCGUGCUAUACCUUUAGGGAAGGUGCUAAAAAAAGUUCGAGUAAAAGGUAAAAGUAUGCAUAAAACUGUGCUGAGGUCAGAAGAUGUCAUGUUUAUUCCAAUAACUGAAAUAUUGGACAAACUCAUCAAUCAUCCUGACUUUGAACAUCUCACUCAAAAAGAUAUUAACUCAGAAUUUCUAGAUACUUAUCUGAAAGGUGAGAAGUGUAAAAGUAAUCCAGUGCUUACUAUAGAUAAAGGUGCAUAUCGCUUUAUACUCUACUAUGAUGAUGUAGAGGUGUGUGCACCAUUGAAAAGCAAAGCAGGUGCCCAUAAGUUAGGGGCUUUUUAUUUACAACUGGAUAAUAUUGCCCUUCAUCAUCGUUCAAAUGUGUCUCUCAUUUUUUUGGUUGCUUUGGUGAAUGCUAACUUUAUCAAGGACAAGAAAUAUGGCAUUGAUUCUGCUUUAGAGAUUAUUGUGGCUGAGCUGCAAAAGUUUGAGCGGGGUGUUGUACUUCCAUGUGGUAAAAAAGUACACGGAACUCUCAUUGCAACUAUUGGUGAUAACUUGGGUUCCCAUGGUAUGGGUGGCUUCAAGGAAGGUUUUACAGCCCAUCGAUGCUGUCGGCACUGCAUGGCAACAUAUGAGGAUAUGAAGAAGAUGGUGAGAGAAAAACCAGAGCUGUUAAGGACUAAAGAAUCCCAUGCCGAGCAAUGUGCUCAAAUUCAAACAGCAAGAGGAAAGAAUGAAGCUCUUAGUACAGAAUAUGGAGUGAAUCGGGACUCUGCUUUAAAUUCUCUUGCAAGUUACCAUGUUGUUGAGGGACUUCCACCAGAUAUCAUGCAUGAUCUUCUAGAGGGAUGUGUGCCGUUGGCUAUAAAGAGACUUCUUAAUCAUUACCUUGGUGAAACAGGUCAUGCGAAGAAAUUCACUUUAGAUUGGCUCAACUCAGCUGUGCGUGAGUUUGAUUAUGGCUACGCAGAGACUUCCAGCAAACCAUCAGAAAUAAAGGCGGCUCACUUGAAGGAUGACGGAUCACUGCAUCAAUCAGCCAGUCAAUUCUGGCUUUUGGCAACUAUUCUGCCCUUGAUCAUAGGGCCCCUUCUUGAUAAAGAUGACAAGUAUUUUGAGAAUUAUUUGGACCUUCUUGAAAUUUGCCGCAUUGUGUUCUCAACUGAUAUUUUGCAAUGGAUGGUGCCUUACCUGGGAGAUCUGAUUGAAAUUUAUCUUUCCGAUUACAAAUUGUUGUACAAGGCAAAUUUGAUUCCGAAGCAGCAUUUCAUGAUCCACUUCCCUUUGUAUUUGAGACUCUAUGGCAGUCUUGUGAACUACAUGUGUAUGAGGUGUGAAGCCAAACAUAAGUUUUUUAAGAGAUUAGUGUAUGUCAUUGGAUGCUUCAAAAACAUUCCAGCAUCUUUAAGCUACAAGCAUCAACUUCAUUUCGCUUCAGUUUUGUCAAAAUCUCUUCGUAAACCAUGCAAGUGUGGGCCCUGUCACUUAGUGAAUGUAAAUGACUGUUCAUAUAGAAGAUUGUUCCCACAGUAUGCUGGGAACUUUGUUGAGACCAACUGGUUGACAUAUGAUGGAAUUACAUUGAAACCACAGACAUGUUACUUGUGUGUUGGUGUGCGAGAUGAUUUACCAGUCUUUGUUCGAGUGUUCAAAGUACUCAUCCACCCAACAGUCCAGUAUGUGUGUGAAAAGGUUUCCACCAUAAGGCGGAGCAUCUAUUUGGCAUCGUAUGAAAUUAAGGUGUCUCCUGAUAAUUUAUUGAUUGUCAAACCUGAAACCAUAGCUCUCCAUCAUGUUUUGCAUGCCCAUUUGGUGAAGGGGGCUUUGUAUAUCCCUAUGAAGCAAUGUGUUGGUGGUUCAAUCCUGUAAGAGUAUAUUGUUGUGGGUGUCUGUAUGUAUAAGUCAUGUAGGGAGAGAAUUUUGGUCUCAUUUUUAGGUAUGUUUAUUGUUAACCAUGUUUAAUGUAGGACAAAAGUGUCAUUUGUGUAGUUAUUCUGUGGGGUAUUUUUAUUUUAGUAUCCAGUCUUGUUUUGGUAAGAACUAUUUGUCUCAAACAUUAAAUUUUGGUUUGUAUUGUACCCUAUUAACAUCUUUUGUUUGUUUUUGUUUACAGCA